AUGAAACUUCUCGUUGUAAUUUUUGCCUUCUUUGCCGGCGCCCACGCUCUUCUUUUUGGUCUUAUCGGGUCUGAACAGGUAAGAAAAUGUUCAAGAAAGAUAGUUUUAGUAUGAUAAACGAUUGGAGCCGUCUCGGUUAAUCUUCUCUAAUUUCAGAUAAGAUUCCAGGUCUUCGACCCCAAUCCCUGUUAGCUCAAAUCAUUGUUUUUUUUUUAUCUGAGAAUUCAUAAUAACAUAUCAAUGCCAAACAUUCCCAGCCACGAAGUUCCUAACCUUCAGUCUUCAGAGUGCUGCUGUCACCGGAAGACUGACUUGCAAUGGAGCUCCAGCCAGAAACGUCCGUGUGAAGCUCUAUGAAAAAGAAGCUAGUAAGUAGAAACGUGCUCUAUUUGAAUCAAGGUUCGAAUUUUGAGCCUUGGACGUCCUUCUCGAUGAAGGAACAACCGACGCCAACGGAGAAUUCUCCCUCCAGGGACACAAGACUGAAGUGAGCACCAUCGACCCCAAGCUCAACAUCUACCACAAGUGCAAUUACAAUGGAGUAAGAUCGACUCCUGUCCUCAGAGGGAACAGUUUCAUUGUUUCAGAUGUGCUACCAGAAGUCGUCGCUCACAGUCCCAGACAACUACGUUUCUGAAGGAGCCACUCCAACCAAAACUUUCAAUGUCGGAACCAUCAACCUUGCCAAUCAAUUCAGCGGAGACUCGACCGACUGCAUCAACUAA